AUGGACACUCUGGGUAAAAUAAUCACAUGCCGGGCAGCCAUUGCCUGGGCCACAAAUUCUCCUCUGACAAUUGAGGAUGUGCAAGUUGAGUUCCCAAAGGCUGGAGAAGUUCGAAUUAAGAUUAUAUCAUCAGGGAUCUGUGGUUCUGAUCACCAUGUACUCACAGGAUCAUGUCCAAUGAACUUCCCUCUAAUCCCAGGUCAUGAAGGAGCUGGAAUUGUGGAGAGUAUCGGUGAAGGUGUUACCUCAGUGAAACCAGGAGAUAAGGUCCUCACACUCAUUGUGCCACAAUGUAGAGAAUGCAGCUCCUGCUUGUAUCCCAAAGGAAACUUCUGCGAGAAGCAAGAUAUUCUGCCUUCUUCUGGACUGAUGCUAGACGGAACUAGCAGAUUUACCUGCAAAGGAAAGAAGAUUUACCACUCUUUCCGAACAAGCACGUUCACUGAAUACACAGUUGUGCCUGAGAUUGCAGUGGCAAAAAUCGAUGCUGCUGCCCACAUGGAUAAAGUCUGCAUCCUAAGCUGUGAGGUGCCAACAGGCUAUGGGGCUGUUGUCAACUCAGCUAAGGUCACCCAAGGUUCCACAUGUGUGAUUUUUGGACUUGGUGGAAUUGGCUGUGCCGUUAUCAUAGGAUGCAAGGCCUCUGGUGCUUCCAGGAUCAUCGGAGUGGACAUCAAUGAGGAGAAGUUCCCCAGGGCAAAAGCACUAGGGGUCACUGAUUGUCUCAACCCCAAGAACCUCAAGAAACCUGUCCAGCAGGUGGUGAUGGAAAUGACAGGCGUUGGUGUAGACUUUGCGUUUGAGGCCAUCGGACUAACUGAUACCAUGCUUGCUGCAUGGGAAUCCUGUCACCUGAGCCAUGGUGUCUGCUCAAUCAUUGGAAUGGCACCACCAGACUUACAACUCUCUCUGGAUGCAACAAAGCUGCUUACUGGACGGAUGCUGAAGGGUGUAUGUUUAGGAGAUUAUAAAACCAGAGACUGUAUUCCCCAACUGGUGACUGAUUAUAUGAAAAAUAAAAUCAAUGUAAAUCCUCUAAUAACUCAUCAACUGCCUUUUGACCAACUCCAGGAAGCUCUCAAAUUGUAUGAGACUGGAAAAGUCAUUCGUUGUGUACUGCUGUUCUAA